AUGGUAAAUAGAGAGACCACACCCCCUUUUAAUACUGUAAAAGCGCUUAGACAAGGAGACCCCAUCUCUCCAUACUUAUUUUCUAUAUCUAUGGAAUACCUUAGUAGAUGUCUUGCUGAAGCUAGAGAAUUUGAGGGGUUCAAGUUUUAUCCUAAGUGUGGCAGAUUGAAUAUAACUCAUUUAUGUUUUGCAGAUGAUUUGUUACUUUUUAGUAGAGGGGAUAAAAAAUCUGUAAAGAUAAUAUACCAGUGUUUCCUAAAGUUUUCUCAAGCAUCAGGACUACAGGCAAACAUGAAUAAAAGCUCCAUAUAUUUUGGUGGUGUACCUGAUCAGGUAAAACUGAACAUACUCCAACAUAGUGGAUUUGGAUGUGGUGAGUUUCCUUUCAAGUAUCUCGGUGUUCCUCUAUCGACCAAGAAACUGACUAUUAUGCAGUGGUCACCACUAGUGAAUAAAAUUAUUGCUAGAAUCUCCUCCUGGACUGCUAAGAAACUCUCAUAUGCAGGAAGAAUGCAAUUGGUUAAAUCUAUACUAUUUGGUAUUCAAGCCUACUGGUCUCAUCUCUUUAUCAUUCCUGCAAAAGUGCUUAAGUUUAUUGAAUCAUAUUGUAGAAGUUUCACUUGGUCAGGAUCUAAUACUAUUAACAAGAGAGCAUUGAUGGCAUGGGAAAAGGUAUGCCUACCUAAAUCAGUUGGAGGCAUGAACCUCAUUAACAUCAGAUUGUGGAACCAAGCUGCUAUUGCCAAAAUCUGUUGGGACCUUGCUAACAAAUCUGACAAGCUAAGGAUUAGAUGGAUCCACUCUUUUUAUAGAAAGACUCAACAAUUCCUCGCCGCACCUAUUCCAAAGCAAGCUUCAUUGAUGGUCAAUAAGAUACUUAAUGCUAGACUGACUUUAGAGCAAACACAGAAACAAAAUGAUCAGGUAACCAUUGACAGCCUUUACCUGAGUUUACUUGGAAACAGACCUAGAGUGCCCUGA